UUUUCUUCACGCAGUCUCUUUCCCCGGCCACAAAACAACCGUGAGUGUCUAACUCACUGUUCUAGAAAAACUUAAAAUAAAAUAAUAUAAAAAUAUAAAAUCCAUAAAAUCUUAAUAAAACAAGCACCGUAAUAUUUAAAGAAAUACAAACGUUUAAAAAAACAGCAAAAUAACUACAAAAAAAGAUUCUACAAAAAGGAGGCCUUGGGCUUUACCCGAAGUUGUCGUUUUUAAAGAGAAAAUACUUGCCAUCGAUUUAAAUCGUGGUUUUUCUGACUUUCUCAACAAGCAGGACCAGAGAGCCAGCUGCAGUGUCUUUAUUAGGUGAGAAUUGAAGCGCAGUUUGGACCCGGAAUACAGUUCAUACCGGCCUUUUUUUUUUUUUUUUUUUUUUCUCCCUGGCGUUUUUGAGGGAGGCUUUGCGUUCAUUUAUUUUGUGAAGUGCGAGAAAUGAACACUGCAGCGACGGGGAGUUAUCCGAUGGCUUCUCUCUACGUUGGCGACCUGCACCCCGAUAUCACGGAGGCUAUGCUGUAUGAGAAAUUCAGCCCAGCCGGACCGGUGCUCUCCAUUCGGGUAUGCCGAGACAUGAUCACCCGGCGAUCCUUGGGAUAUGCUUAUGUGAACUUCUCUCAACCUGCUGACGCUGAGCGAGCCUUGGACACCAUGAACUUCGACGUGGUGAAAGGGAAGCCAAUCAGAAUCAUGUGGUCCCAAAGAGACCCCUCCCUCAGGAAGUCUGGAGUGGGCAACGUGUUCAUCAAGAACCUUGACAAGUCUAUUGACAACAAAGCCCUGUACGACACCUUCUCUGCCUUUGGCAACAUCCUCUCCUGCAAGGUGGUGUGUGACGAAAAUGGCUCCAAAGGCUACGCUUUUGUCCACUUUGAGACCCAGGAUGCUGCUGACCGUGCCAUUGAGAAGAUGAACGGCAUGCUUCUGAAUGACCGCAAGGUGUUUGUGGGUCGUUUCAAAUCUCGCAAGGAACGGGAGGCUGAACUUGGUGCCAAAGCCAAAGAGUUUACCAAUGUCUACAUUAAGAACUUUGGGGAUGAUAUGGAUGAUGACCGGCUGAAGGAGCUUUUCGACAAAUAUGGUAAAACACUCAGCGUGAAGGUGAUGACAGACCCCACUGGCAAAUCCAGAGGCUUUGGAUUUGUUAGUUAUGAGAAACACGAGGACGCUAACAAGGCUGUAGAAGACAUGAAUGGCACUGACCUCAAUGGCAAGACAGUGUUUGUGGGCCGAGCUCAGAAGAAGAUGGAGCGGCAGGCGGAGCUGAAGAGGAAGUUUGAGCUGCUGAAACAAGAAAGGAUCAGUCGUUAUCAGGGUGUUAAUCUUUACAUUAAAAACCUGGAUGACACCAUAGACGAUGAGAAACUGCGUAAGGAGUUCUCUCCAUUCGGAUCUAUUACAAGUGCUAAGGUGAUGCUAGAGGAGGGUCGCUCCAAGGGCUUUGGCUUUGUCUGCUUCUCCUCCCCCGAAGAGGCCACCAAGGCUGUGACUGAGAUGAAUGGACGUAUUGUUGGCUCCAAACCCCUCUACGUGGCUCUCGCUCAGCGCAAAGAAGAGCGCAAAGCCCAUCUAACAAACCAGUAUAUGCAGCGUAUUGCUGGCAUGAGGGCCAUGCCGGCUAACGCCAUCAUCAAUCAGUUCCAGCCCACUAGUGGCUACUUCAUGCCAGCUGUGCCACAGGCCCAGAAUAGGACCACAUACUAUGCACCCAAUCAGCUGGCCCAAAUGCGACCCAACCCCAGAUGGCAGCAACAAGGUGGCAGAGGUCAAGGUGGUUUCCAAGGGAUUCCCGGAUCGCUGCGUCAGCCAGGACCCCGUGCCAACCUGAGACACAUGAGUCCUAAUAGCAGCACACAGGGACCGCGAGCUCCUGGCCAGGCCAUGGGUCCUCGUCCCUCAAUGGGAGUCCCUGGCCCCCGUGCCAUGCCUCCAUACAAAUAUGCCACUGGUGUCCGUAACCCAAACCCCCAGGUGGUGCAGCCUAUUGCCUUACAGCAGACUCAGCCAGCUGUGCAUGUCCAGGGCCAAGAGCCUCUCACAGCCUCCAUGCUGGCUGCUGCGCCCCCUCAGGAGCAGAAACAGAUGCUAGGUGAGCGUCUUUUCCCACUGAUUCAGGCAAUGCAUGCCAACCUGGCAGGAAAGAUCACUGGCAUGCUGCUGGAGAUUGACAACUCUGAACUGCUCCAUAUGCUGGAGUCUCAUGAAUCUCUGCGUUCAAAGGUCGAAGAAGCCGUUGCUGUGCUACAAGCCCAUCAGGCAAAGAAAGAUGCCACCCAGAAAGUGGGCACCAUGGCUACUACAACUGCUGCUGCCACAUCCUGAAGACCGCGUGCCAUAUUAAAUUGGGCACAGACAAAUGAGCAGAGAUGGGGAGAGACACACUACGCUGACUCCAAACACUAGACUCCUCUAAACAAUUAUGCAAAAAUGAAGAAAAACAAGAAAAUGUAAUUUUAAAAAUAUAUUUGAACAUUUUGAAAAAUGCUACAGUUCCUAAUUUUCUAGUUCUGCAAUACUUUUAAACUACAUACCAAACUAAUAAUGCUAAUGAAUCUCGAAAGAAGGCCUUUCAUUUUGUGGCACAGGAGAGAAACCCUUUUCUAAAAGGAAAUUGAGCCUUGUUCUUUUCUUUGCUUGAAAGUUUUAUGUUUGAUUUGAAAUGGACUCCUCCAUCCUAUCAUGUUAUCAUGGGUGUGUGGUAUUCUCAAUAAAGGGAUGAUAUAUCAAGGUUA